UACUGAACUACUCCCACACUGGGACGACACACUGGAAGCUGAACGUCGAGUUGGAGUGUGUGAGAAGUUGUACUGCAUUUACACACCCGAGGAGUCAAGCCUUAUCUGACGUUUCGUCAUGGCCGAGAGUCAGUUUUCUCUGAUGAGUCUGGAGGAUGAACUGACCUGCAGCAUCUGUCUGAGUCCCUUCGACUGUCCGGUGACCAUCCCCUGUGGACACAACUUCUGUCAGGAAUGUCUCCUCGUCACCUGGAAGGACUCGUACAGCUGUCCUCAGUGUCGGACCCACUUCGCCACCAAACCGGAGCUGAAGAAAAACACGGUGCUCAGCACCGUUGUGGAGACUUUCAACUUGAGGACGAGCAAGAGUGAGGUCGACCUGGAAGAAACGUCAGAGGAGAGGGAUGAAGCCGCGAAACAGGAUGUCAUACGUUGUGAUGCAUGUAUGGAAGCAGAAGCGUCCCAGACCUGCCUCACCUGCAUGGCGUCUUACUGCGAGGAGCACCUGCGGCCUCACCGGGACAACCCGGUCUUUCGUCUCCACCAACUGAUUGAGCCUGUGGGCGACCUGUCGGAGCGGAUCUGCCCGGACCACCACAAGCUGAUGGAGCUCUUCUGCAGCCAACAUGGCCGCCCAAUCUGCAGCCUCUGCCUCCAGCAGGUCCACAAAGGCUGCACCUUCAUUUCCCCAGAGGAGCAGAAGAACCUGAAAGAGUCCGACCUGAGAGCCAAGUUAAGUUUGCUGGACGUGAAGAUUAAGAAGAAUGAGAAUGUUUCAUCGCUAAUGGGUGACAUGCAGGACAAGCUAAAGGACUCAGCGACCAACAGGAAGUCUGCUCUGACAGCUGAGUAUCAGCAGAUUCGUGAUAUGUUGGCUCGAGAGGAGCGUGAUGCUCUGAUCGCAGUGGACCGCGAGCUGGAGGGUGGUCAGACCAAACUCAAGGGUCUCGCGAAGAAGUUCAACGAAAACGUUGACACUUUAAGCAAAGCUAGAGAAGAUAUCCUCAGUCUGCUGAGUCAGUCCCAAACUCUGGCCUUCCUACAGGCUUCGUUUAACCUGCCCUCGGCCGUCAACUUUGAACCUCACACCCCUCGAAUCAACCUGGACUCCAAGAAAGUGACGGCAGCACAGGCCUUCUCUGCUGCCCUGAAGGAGCAUCUGACAGACCUCCUGAAGCAGCCGGUCGACGCCAGACUGCUGAAACUUAAACCAGACGAGAAAGCAGGUCCUGGGUCGACACCCGCGAGUUCUGGAAGUACUGGAUCUCAGCCGGAAUCUGAAGUAACCAAGCCGCCAAAGCAGAAAAGAGCGCCCAGGUCCCACAGUCCAGGUCGUCCCCUCAUCCAGCCAUUCUUCCAGCCAGCUCCUGGAGGGCAACAAAACUAUCGACUCCAGUAUCCAUCUGGCCCUUUCAGGGGUUUUCCAUUUAUGGCAGGACAAAGGCCAGGAGCUUAUCGAGGAGGUACACCUUUCAACCCUAACCAGGAAACUGAGCUGCAAUGGACAGACCAAGGUUUUCAACCCAAAGUAGGCGCAAAGAAGAAACCUCAAAAACAAAAACCUCCCCAAGCCACAGAAGCCAACAUGGGAAAAAAGGAUCAAGCCCGUUCCAUGGAAAACCUGUUGGAGUUUGGUGGGAACGACAUACCCGGAGGCUGUAGUCCUGCAGCCGAAUCCAAAGACAACCAGGUAGACAAAAAAAACAUUCCCCCAAACAUAACAUCUGCUGAGAAAAGAACUGAACUUCUGAAAUAUGGCACGAUACUCACUUUGGAUCCAAAGACGGCCCACAAACGCAUCGCACUGAGCGAGGGCUUCACUAAGGCCUCUGUGUCAGACGAGCACACAAACUACCCCGAUUGCCCUGAACGCUUCGCCGUCUGCUCCCAGGUGCUCGCCUCCAAGGGUUUCUCUAGAGGCCGCCACUACUGGGAAGUCCGACUGAGCAGCAGCAACUUCAUUGGCGUAGGCUUGGCCUACAGCAGCAUUGACCGCAAAGGUCCCACCAGUCGACUGGGCCGCAACGCCCAGUCCUGGUGCGUGGAGUGGUUCAACGUCAAGCUGUCGGCUUGGUACAACAGCAGUGAGACCGUGCUGGUCAAUCCCAAUCCAAAGCGCAUAGGCGUGCUGUUGGAUUGUGAGGAGGGCACUGCUACGUUCUACAACGUGGCCGACAGGGCAUACCCCUUCCACUCCUUUGUGUUCCCCUUUGCUGAAGCUGUGUAUCCAGCUUUCUGGAUUUUCUCAAGUGGCUCGUCCAUUUCUUUGUGCAAGCUGCAGGCAUGAGGAGCAUAUGCAGUUUAAUGGCAUAUGCAGGCGGGUAAACACAUGCACACAGUCAAGCCUUUUCUCUAAUUGCGUCAACAUAUUGGAUAUACCAAAGAUUAGUUAAAAAA